CUCCAGUCCCUGGGCUCCUAAUUGUUGCUCCAGCUUCUUUCAGGUCAGUGUAAGGGCCUUCCACGCUGCCAGCGGAACACUGGAAAGGGGAGGAGGAGCGGGUCUGCGUGGCUGUUGUCCCCAGCACUCUGUGACGCCUGACAAGGAGGCGCAACCUGUCCAGAGUCUCUGCAGGCCAGGAAAAGCAGGGGAAACCUCACCAUGGAGAAACCCUACAAUGAAAGUGAAGGAAUGCCUUCAAACCAAGGAAAGAUGGAAAAUGAAGAACAGCCACAGGAUGAGGAAAAGCCAGAAGUAGCUUAUACUCGGGAAGAUGAGGAAAAGUUAGAAAACGUGGGAAAGACAGAAGAUAAGGGAAUGCCAAAGGAUAAGGAAAAGCCAGAUAAUGAGGAAAAGGCAAAUGAAAAAGGAGAGCCAGAGAGGGAGGCAGAGUCCAAAGAGGAAGGCGAGCCAGAAAGUGAAAGAAGGGCUGCAGAAAAGCGCCCACCUGAGGAUGAUAUACCUAGGAAAGCCAAAAGAAAAACCGACAAGGGGCUGGCCCAGUACCUCAAGCAGUAUAAAGAGGCCAUACACGAUAUGAAUUUCAGCAAUGAGGAUAUGAUAAGAGAAUUUGACAAUAUGGCUAAGGUGGAGGAUGACAAGAGAAAAAGCAAACAGAAGUUGGGGGCAUUUUUGUGGAUGCAAAGAAAUUUACAAGACCCCUUCUACCCGAGGGGCCCAAGAGAAUUCAGGGGUGGCUGCAGGGCCCCACGAAGGGACACUGAAGACAUUCCUUAUGUAUAGUGCCCCUGGCCAGCUUUAACCUUGCUUUAACCUUAUGUUAAUACUUCGAUUUAGGCUUCUCUCCUGUUACCAGCAGCCUUUUGACCCAACUGCAACAGUAUCAGAUGUUUCAGUAUCAGAUUUCAUCCAUCGCUUGGAAAAAAUAUCUAUGGUGCAUUGUAAAAUUUAAAAAAAAAAAAAAAAAAAACACUACUUGCAGAACCAAAUAUUUGGCAUUAGUCCAUUUUUGUAAAACAACAAGGAUAUUUACCUAGUAACCUUUGUAUAGAAAACAACUCUGAAAGUUGUGUCCACUAAAAGAUUAACAGUGAUCGUCUGUGGGUGAUUUUUUUUUUUCUGUUCUUUUUUGUUUCUCCAUUUUCUCCUAAAAACACACUACUUUUGUCAUAAAAAAAAAAAAAAAAAGAUAAAAUACAGGGAAACAGUACGUAAGGAAUCAAAAGAACUGUCCAGUGAGCUUAGAAAGGCAAUGGAGACACUUAAAAUUCUUGUUGUCAGGAUAUAAAUGUUAGAUAAAAGUUACAUUACCUGUGGUAUUUGAAGCUGGAGGAAUCAACCUGACAGCUACUACAGACCCACUGCUGUAAGGGAUAGCCUUUUUAUUUGUGAAAUGGGGAUAAAACUUGCCUUCUAGGGCUGUGGAGAAGAUCAAAUGAGGUAUUGAGUGUGUAAGCUGUGUUGGGCUGGCUCCUACCCUCUUCCAUGCACUAUCAGAACCAGUACCCAGCCAGAUACUUGGAGAAAGGCUGAGGAAGGUCUCACCUGUGUCCAGGAACAAAUCCAGACAGCUGAGACAUGGGUGCCACUUCCCCCUUGGUAAUGCCAUGUCUGCUGGGCACUGUGCAUCUUCUCAUGGAUCCUGCAUCCUCCUAAGGCCCCUGCUGCUGUGGGAGGACUGGAGACUGUGAUGAACUAAAGCAACACUGUAUCCCAACAGAAGGGUACAGAAUUCCUCUUUACCUACAAUAGAGUUACCAUAACCCGGGUGGGUAGUGCACAAUUGUCACUUGGGCCUUGAUAUUUUAUAAAGUUUUUACAAAACA